GUGUCAACAGACAACCUAACCUCUAAUUAUUUUUUUGUCGCGAUUUUCUGCAUUAUUAUAUCAAUAUAUUUUAGCGAUAUGUAAAGCCGCGGAAAUAGUCGAAAAAAUAAAUGGGAAUCGUUGCAUUCAACUCGUGGCCGGUUGCGUGAAACAAGCAGCAAGUAAUGUAAUACGUCAACGAUGCCUAUUGACUUUGAGGAACGCAUUAUCGGUGCACCUCAUCCCCGAUGAGAUCUCGAUGGGUCUUCGAUUUAUCGGUUCAAUAAGUUUGGAUUCUGAUGUUAUAAACGAGCUACACCAGAUCCUGAAGAUUUCAAGUUUUAAUUCAAUGCAAGCUUUUCAAAACUCUAAACUGUCCAAUCCAAUUAUAUGUUCAAAAAUUAUUUAGGAACCUGAAUAUUCAAGAUCUAGGAUACUUCAAGAUUCACUAUGGAUUUAAGAUGUCAAGAAUUUUAAAAAUUAGAAGAGAAAUUGACAAUAACAAUUGAUAUAAAAAUUUAAGAAUUAUAAAAAGGAUAUAAAACACAGAAAAAAUGGAAGAAACAGAAUAUAUAGCUCUGAUCGAGUGGCAUUGUCGCCAGCAUUACUACAACGGCAUGCUGGCUAGUGCCAAGCAGGCGCGCGAUGCUUAUCCGGGUAGCGAACGAUUGAGGCUUCUACUCUGUCUGGCGUAUGUUCUUGUCGGCAAGAAUCACGAAGCCAUCAAGGAAAGUUCGAGCUUGCUAAACUAUGUGGACUUUACACUGCCAGUGUUGCUCGUGCAAAACAUGACGCUGGUCGACGCGGAGCGUAGCACUGUGACUCAGAUGGAAAACAGAAUACGAGAUGAGCGCAGGAAAGCUUCCUGCGUUGCACUGUACCUCGCAGCGUCUGUAUUAUUUCUCGCUCGCCGUGCGGACAAAGCGAAAGAGUAUGCAGACCGAGCAUACAAGAUGAAACCUACGAAUAUCAACGUACUGCUCGUCAAGGGAUGGCUGGAGUCCAGUUUGAGGUUCAGCGCGGAUACUUUGAAGGCAGGGAGCUUCUUCGAUUUGAUCUUAAAGGAAGAGCCGAGAAACUUGAGCGCGUUGUUGGGUUCCGCGAAGAUGAAACAAUAUGCCGGGGAGUACUCCGAUGUCAUCGCGAUAUUGAAUUCUCUGAUCGUACGUUAUCCCAAGCUGCCACUGCCACUUAUAGAAAAAAUGAAGUGUCUGUUAGCCGCCAAGGAUUGGGAACAGGUGCUAGAGAUGGUAAACCGAGUGCUAUCGAUCGAGUCAAACAAUCUGGACGCCAUCAAGACGAGCUCAGUUGUUGCUCUCUGCAGAGACGGCAAUCCCAGCGAAGGUUUGCCGCAGUUGCAGUUAUUUAUGCGCAACUUGCUGCUCGCUGAACCGAAGAACGAGUUCCUAUUAAUCAAAAACCUACGCUUGUUUUCUGGCAUCGCAUUCCAAGAUCACGGAAUUCUUUCGGAGCUGGCGCGAAUAGCCGAGAAAAUGUUACAUGCGACGUCAUCGAGCAACGCGGAGCUAAUGGCGGAGUUGGGCGAUAUACAUGCCGCGCUGGGCAACGUUAAGGAUGCCGAGCGCUGGUACAAAAACGCCAUUCGCGCGGAUCAGUCCUCUUUCGUAGCACUCAUGGGACUGGCUCACUGUCAAUUGCUGGAGGGAUCUGCGGAAGAUCUGGAGCAAGCGCGUCAACAGAUAGAAAUUUUGAUGGAGAUACAACCGCAUUCGACGAAUGUGCGGCUACUAUUUAUGUCCGCGAAAAUUGCCUCCAAUGAAGACAGCGUUAAAGCGCUCGGCUAUCUCGAUGCGGCAGCGAAUGUCUUAUUGAAGAAUUGCGAGGGUCUCGUCUACGGCUACGAGUAUCUCAGCGAGCUUAAACCGGAUUUAUGUCUCGAGAUUGCAAAGCAACGAUUGAUGUAUUCAUUGAACAAGUCACCGAUGGGCGACGAGCAGGUUAGUGCAAUGGAAAAGGAACCGAGCGUUUGCUUGCUAGAACAGCUAGUCGAGGCCUGUCCAGGUUCUAGCGUAGCUUUAUUAUUGCUCAGCAAGGCCAAAAUGCAGAGUGGCGAUUACGAAGGCGCAUUGACUUUGCUGAGGAGAUUAUUGGAUACGGUGGAACCGACCAAUGCGCAAGCGCAUCUCAUAAUGGCCCAGAUCCUAGCGUAUCAGGGCAAGUACCAUCUCGCUUCGCAGAGUCUAGAAGUCGGUCUGAGCUAUAAUUUUAAGAUCCGGGAUGAGCCGGUCUACCAUCUGAUCAUCGGUAUGGUACAACGACAAGCCGGCGACCUGGAGAAUUGCGUUAAGAGCUGUCAGAUAGCCAUGUCGCUGGCUAACUUGACUGGCGGCGCCAACAGGAAAUCCGAUAUGUCCGCUUCGGAUCGAGCGACGUUGUAUCUGGAAUUGAUUGCGGCGUACAGCAAGGCGAGGCGUUUCGCCGAGGCGUUGGCUCUCGUCGAGGAGGCGAAGACAAAUCUCGCCGGUACUACCGAGUUAGGAAGAGUCACCAUCAGCAUGGCCGAUAUCUACUUGGACAUGGGAGAACUGGAGAACGCUGUCAAUUGCUUGCAAAAUAUCUAUCCGGGGCAACCUUAUUAUUUGCAGGCGCACACUAAACUGGCUGAGAUCAAUUUAAACUACAGGAAGGAUCGUCAGGCAUUCGCGAAGUGUUUCAGAGAAUUGGUGGAACAUUGCCCUGGACCGAAAACGUACAGCAUGUUGGGUAACGCUUACAUGUCCAUACAGGAGCCCGAGAGAGCGAUAGAGGCGUACGAGCAGGCACUCUCACAGAAUCCGGUCGACAAGGUGGACAUUGCGAAUAAAAUGGGCAAGGCACUUGUCAAGGCGCAUCAGUACACGAAGGCAAUCAAUUAUUACAAGGACGUAGUAAAACACGAUAAUUGUGCCACCUUGAAAUUAGAUUUGGCCAAGUUGUACAUGAAGAUGAAACAGUACGACAAGGCAGAAGCGACCUUGGUGCAAGAGUUGCAAGAUAAGCGAAACGAUUCUGAUAUGCUAAGUUUGGAGACGCGAGGACAGGAGUUGCUAUUGCUCGCGAAGGUGCGUGAAAAAUCGGGCAACAUUAAGGGCGCGUUACUUACCUUGAAGGAAGCCAAGGAAAAUCAACACAGGUACAUUCAGCGACUUACCAUUUCGCCGGACGUCAUGGAUCAGAAACACGCAUUAGCGAAUAUCUGUCUGAUGAUGGCCGACUAUGCGUCUAGCUUGCGCAAUUACGAUGAAGCCAUCGUGUAUUACAAGGAAGCGCUGACUUACAAACACACGGACAUGAACGCUCUACUCUCUUUAGCGAAGCUAUAUAUGCAGAUGAACGAUUUAGACCGGUGCGCGCAAAACUGCUCCAUCUUGUUGAAUGCCGAUUCCAACAACGAGGCCGCGUCCGUGAUGAUGGCGGAUCUCGCGUUCCGGAAGGUAGACUUCGAGACUGCGGCGUUCCACUUUCGACAACUGCUAAUGCGUCAACCCACCUAUUGGACCGCCUUGGCGAGAUUGAUAGAAGUGUCGCGCAGAACAGGUGCUAUGGACGAUCUCGACGAGUGGCUGCAACGAGCUCAGACCGCAAUGGGUGCCGGCAAUAUGGAAGCUGGAUUUUACUACUGCGCUGGAUUGCUGGAUUGGCGAACGGGCAAGUUAAACUCUGCUCUUCGAAACUUCAAUUUUGCGCGACGCGACCCGGAAUGGGGCCAGCAAGCAAUCUACAACAUGAUCGAGAUCUGUCUAGAUCCCGAUGACGAUACUACACUAUCGAACGAAGCAUUCAAUGACGAGGACGCGGAAUAUCAGGACUCGAGGACGAUGGCUUUGAGAACGGCCUAUCGAUUGCUUCAGGAAUUAAACCCCAAAGGAAGCCCUCAUGAGGAACUGACGCACAAGCUCCUCAGCAACUUUUUUCUGCUCGCUACUAAACAAAAGUCCAACAUCGAGAAGGCCCUGCAGGAUUGCACUGCUCUGGCCAGUCAAGAGACUUUGCGGGAAACGCCGCGCGCCCGUAAUCAUCUAAAGCGCGUCAGCAAGAACGUCUGGACAUUUGAGGACGCCGAGUAUCUGGAACGUUGCUGGCUGCAGUUGGCGGACAUCUACGUGCAAUCCAGCAAAUAUGAGCUGGCGAAUGAACUGCUGAAGCGGGUGCUACAGCACAAUGCCACCUGCGUGCGAGCUCACGAGCUGUCAGGCUACAUCGCCGAGAAGGAUCAGAAUUAUCGAGAAGCGGCAGCGAGAUACGCCCAAGCCUGGAAAUGCGGUGGCAAAACGAAACUAUCGGUCGGUUACAAACUGGCCUAUUGCUGCCUGAAGGCGAAGUCUUACGCCGAAGCUAUCGACGCAUGCAAUGAAGUACUGAAACAGAAUGCGGAUUAUCCGAGGAUCAGAAAGGACAUUUUGGAUAAGUGUAUCAAUAAUCUUCGCACGUAA